ACCUAACUUCUCUGUCUAAAUGUUGCCGCCAGCGAGCUUUAUUCCUAGUCACGUUCAAGACUGCAUCUCGUGCCUGCCUUAAGCCGUAGUUCCGUGUCAGCAAUAGCUCCAUGGUGUGAGCAAGCUAGAAACCUGAUAUGGUCUCCUCUCGUGUCUCACGCUGCAACACCCCCCCCCCCCCCGCACAUAGGGAAGUGCAUCAACAGAAGACAAUUUGAUAAAAUUUAGAAACAUUAACGGCACGGAACCGCGAUCGUUUAAUCAGCACUAAUGCAUCUCAUAAAUGAUUGAUUUUUAUUGAGUCUUGUGAUUGAGUGCCGCCAUAGUUUCCCGAAUUGGCGUCUGUUGCCGAAGGGAGAAUAAUGAAAUGAUCAGGAGCGGUAUUCGGAGGAAGCCGGGGCCAUAUUUUUAUGAAGCUUGGAAGAAUAACAGUCCGGGCAAAGUACAUUUGUAAAUGCUUGACAGUGAUGAAGUGGAAAGAGCGUUGCGUCGGAAAACGGGGCAAUCGUCAGAAUAUCCAUCGGUGUGGAUGAAAUGACUUGUGAGACAUCUUGUCUGCUCACUAGUUACCUUUUUUUUUGGGGGGGGGUUGGUUAUGGAGAUUUUACUUUAUGUGCUCCAUCAGUGUUUAUGCCCAUAACCUUCAGUUUUGUGGUGUUUCGAAAUGCAUACUUUAAAAAACUGAAUUUGCGCUUGACGAGGACAACAGAAUAAUUGAAAAAUAGCAAACAACUUUUUAAAAUAGCAAUAAAAAUGAAAUCAAGUUAAUAGUAUUUAAAAACAAAACAUGUCAACAUAUAAUAAUUAUAUGAAAUGUAAUUAUGCAGUCCUUUUCAAUGAGAGAAAGAAAUUCGUUUGCAUUUCAUUUUACAUUUGUUUGGGGUAGUUUUAUUUCAAUCGCUUGUCAUGCAAUAUAUUCGGAUGGACCAGUGAGUUGCCUGUGGGUUGAAAACGAAUAGCACGUAGCCACAGCCCGCCGCUAGAAAUACGUCAUAUUAUCCAUCGCUCACUCACAUGUGUGCAUCAUAAAUUAGCUUUCAUUUUGCGCUCAAGUUUCCUGCUCGGACAUAACGCUGCCUGUUUUUGUCUAUAGACAGACGCCGCAGAGUUUGGAGGCGAGUGGUUUUACCUGCAUGGUGGGUGAAGUUAGGCUAUCCCCGGUCCCGCGUGAUAAAUAGAUUGGAUGGUGGUCUGUGGGGAGUAGUUGCGCAGGCUUACAUCUUGAUUAUACAUAGGGAAACGGGGAAGCCAUAAUGUAUACGCACCCCAGAGGCAUCGAACUCACUUAGCGCGCUAAUGCACUUUACACACAGCGACGGGAAUCGGAAGCUUGCCAGCACGCGAAUUGCUUAAUCCUGGACUUGCAGAGUUUCGGCAUCAACAUCCAACAUGGUUGUGAGGAUGUUUCUGUGGCAAUUUUUCGUUGUGACUCUGUUUGUUUGUGGGGUGGUUAGCGUUCCUGAUGACAGGACCGAAGUUCGGACAUCUAGUGGGAGAUUACGCGGUGAGACACGGGUCCUGGACGGUCGAGAGUACCGGGUGUUUCGCGGUGUUCCCUACGCGGAACCACCAAUAGGAGAUCGGAGAUUCAGAGCACCGAUUCCUAAAGUACCCUUGGAAGAGACACUUAAUGUAGUUGAGUAUGGCCCUUCCUGUCCGCAGAAUAUCGCAGAUGUUUCCAAAUACUAUCCCGAUUAUGUGGUCCGUAUCCCUGACUCGGCUAUGGUAAUAAGCGAGGACUGUCUGACAUUGAAUAUAUUUUCUCCAGUUCGUAGACGAGGUGAGGACGAGCAUAGAGCUGUCAUGGUUUGGAUUCACGGUGGUAGUUUUGAGACUGGACAGGGUAGCGGGUAUGACGCGUCUGCUCUGGCCGUCCGUGGUAGGGUUGUCGUGGUCACUAUCAACUAUCGACUCAAUGUCUUCGGGUUUCUCUCCACCAAUGACGAGAACGCACCAGGAAACUUUGGUUUGUUGGACCAGCAGCUCGCCUUGCAGUGGGUUCAUGAGAACAUCGCAGGGUUCGGUGGCGACCCAUCCCGAGUUACUAUCUUCGGUCAGUCAGCCGGGGGUGUGGCAGUCAUGACACACCUCACUGCUCCAAAUAGUCGACCAUUCUUUCAUCGAGUUAUUGCUCAUAGUGGGAUGUCGCGUGGAAUGACACCGUCAUUAUUCCGAAGGCAAACGAAGAUGUACGCACAGAGAAUCGCUCUGAAAGCUGGUUGCACGGAUCAAGGAAAGCCGAUGGAAAACACAUUUCAUCUGGUGACUUGCCUAAGGAGUAAAUCCACUCAAAUUGUCUUGAGGGCGGGACUAGAAGUAGCCAAAGAAGAAGUCGUUCCAAGGGUAUGGUCUACCGUCUUUGAUGCAAAUUACUUCCAAAGAACACCAUCAUACUCUGAUCCUGCAGCCUUCGAGCAAUUUGACAUCAUAGCAGGAGUAACAUCAGGUGAUGGUUCCCCGUUAUUGCAACUACUGCCAGAGAUCAUACCCAACUGCGACCCUGAAAUGACUGGAUUAUCCAAGGCGGAUUUUGGCACGAUCUUAUCCAUUUUUGCCCCUAGAUGGCAAAACAGCAUCGCACAGGAAGCUAUAAACCUCGAAUACAUGAACUGGACCUCACCACGCAUGCUCAGAUCUCACGAUAGACUUCUUCAAGCAGCAAAUUUCAUGUUGGAUUAUAACUUCCUAAUGGGAAUGACACUGUUGGGAAAUCUCUACAGAGGAGCCAGAUCCAGGCGUAUGUUUGUUUUCGAUCACAGGAGCGCACCUCGCGUGAGGUACCCAUACUUGGCCGGGGCACCUCACUCUGAGGAACUCUCCUACGUGUUCGGCUUGCCGUUUAACGCUUCGGGAAUAGGACACAUCUUCAGCGAUGAGGAACGCAUGCUGAGUGAUCAUAUGAUCACCUAUUGGUCCAACAUCGCAAAGUCUGGAGACCCGAACGUCAACCCGGAUGUGAACACCACUAGCAACUUGACCUACUGGCCUGAGUAUGGCGACUCAGAAACCUAUCUCCUCAUUCAGCUCAAUGAUAGUAGUGUUGGGCAGGGAUAUCGUAAGGACAAGGUCAUGUUCUGGUCAGACUACUUACCCAAGCUAACAACGGCAGCUGAUGAAUACUGCAGCAACCAGCGGGAAUCAAUGGAGCCACCAACUUCUGACAAGCCUGGAUGUAAGAUCUUCAUCGGUGAGGGGUUAGGGCUCAAGUUAACCCAGCAACAAGCCGAGACUCUGAUCGAGGUUUUCAUGUUCGUAAUAAUCGCCCUGCUAGUUAUCUUGAUCAUUGUGUUUGGCGCCUUGAUGGGUUAUAAGUUUAAGUACAAAGAUAGACAGGCAGCAAUUAAGAAAAACGGUGUUCAGACAAAUGGCGACCUUAAAAAAAAUGCAGCCUUUGAGGUGAACGAGGGGUUCACGCCAGAGUUCGAGGAUACAAAAAUGUAAAAACCACAAUGAUCAACCAGUCAAACUAAGGUCUUUUCAGAUUGAAUGUUAGGGCGCCCUCUCUAUAGGUUCUUCCAAAUAGUGAAACAAUUGAACAUUUUGACAAAUUUAUCUGACAUCAUU